AUGGCUUCUUACGAUGUGGCGGGACCCGAAGGAGGCGCCUCCAUGCGUCGCGGGCGCAGCGCACCCACCAAGAAUCAACCCAAACGCUCCGCGGCGUCCAUCCACGGGGUGCAGCCAGGAGCCAAAGGGAAAGCCAAGAAGGGCCCAGACCAGAAGCUAGAUGAGUCCGUGACCCUGACCACGCCCGAGGGGGAGGCCAUCACCGAAGUGGAGAAGGAGGCCAUCCAGAAGCGUGCGGAGGGCCGCACCAAAGUCCCGCCCGAGUUCACGGACAGCAUCAAGAAGUUCUUCUUCUCGCCCACCGGGGCGCUGAAGAUCGCGAGGCUGGGUCUUCUCAUAGGAGCACUAACUUGUUUCAUCAUCGCCGAAGCCCCGGAGUCAUUCAUAGCAAUCACCACCCUGGAAAUCUUCAUCAUUAUUUUAUUUAUUCUCAUAUAUAUGCUAACCCUACACCACUUGCUGACUUACAUACACUGGCCCUUACUUGAUCUUAUCAACAGUUUCAUUACCACCAUCUUCCUUUUAGUCGUGGCCAUCUUGACAAUACACGAAAAGGAAAGGAGACGCUUAUUCUACAUCGGAGGGACCCUGUGUUUUGUGGCGGCCAUCGUGUGUUUCGUGGAUAUGAUCCUGGUCACCAACAUGGUGAGGAGUACCAUGAAGAAAGCCCUGGGCAUCGAAGGCGAAGCUGCUGCGGCCGCCCCAGCCAAGGAAGAACCUGGCCAGCAGCAGCCCCAAGAGCCCCAGCAGGAGCCCAAAUCCCAGCCUGGGAAGCCGCCCAGCCCUGUGUCCUCGGAGCCAGCUGCCGUGGGAUCCCUGCCGGCCAAAGAGGCUGAGCCCUCGGCCUGA